UGUCACGAGACGAGACGGGACGAAGCGGAAGAUUUUCCAAGAAAAGAAAGAAGCCCCCAGCCCCUACCACCGAUCCAGUCAUCGUCGGCGGCAGGCGACCACGGCGAGGCAGGUGCUGUUCUGAUCUGUCGGAGUCUGUCGGCAUAUGCACUGAACGAUCGUACAAUACCGUUGCCGCCGCCAUGGGCUCCCUCGAGCCUUUCAACCGGCUAGUGAAGCUGACGGCGCGCGCUUUCUACGAUGACAUCUCCAUGAAGGGCGAGAACCAGCCGAAGACUUCCCGCGGCGACAACCGUGGCAUGGCCGUCGUUGUCCUUGAUGCUCUCACCAGACGGCAGUGGGUCCGUGAAGAAGACUUGGCUAAAUCAUUAAAGCUCCACUCAAAACAACUGCGUCGUAUCCUCCGAUUCUUUGAAGAAGAGAAGCUAGUGACAAGAGAUCACAGAAAGGAGUCAGCAAAAGGAGCGAAAAUAUAUAGUGCUGCUGCUGCAGCUGCCGGUGAUGGUCAACCAGGUACCAAGGAGGGAGAAGAGAAAGUAAAGUUGCACACACAUUCUUACUGUUGCUUGGACUACGCACAGAUCUGUGAUGUUGUAAGGUACCGGAUACACCGCAUGAAGAAAACAUUGAAGGAUGAAUUGGACAGCAGAAAUACAGUUCAACACUAUGUAUGCCCUAACUGUAAAAAAAGAUACUCUGCCUUCGAUGCAUUGCAACUUAUAAGCUAUACGGAUGAGUACUUCCAUUGUGAAAAUUGCAACGGCGAACUAAUAGCAGAGAGUGACAAACUUGCUUCUGAGGAAAUGGGAGAUGGUGAUGACAAUGCACGGAAGCGUCGGCGUGAGAAAUUGAACGAUAUGCAGCAAAGAAUUGAUGAGCAAUUGAAGCCAUUGCAAGCACAACUUAAAAGGGUGAAGGAUUUGCCUGCUCCUGAGUUUGGCAGUCUACAAUCAUGGGAAAGACUAAACCUCGGUGCUUUCACACAUGGUGAUUCUUGUGCAGCUGAUGCCUCUAGGAACGCACAAGGGCAGUAUAAUGGUACACCGAUGCCUUAUCUUGGAGAUACAAAGGUUGAUGUUGAAUUGGCUGGUUCUGGUGCAAAAGAAGAAGGUGCUGAAUCUGGCAGAAAUGGUGCAGAGUUAAAAGUCUUGCCUCCAUGGAUGGUCAAAGAAGGGAUGAAUCUUACAAAAGAACAAAGAGGAGAGACCAGUAACACAUCAUCAAAUGGAGAUGAAAAAUCAGAAGGCAAAGAUGCGAAAAGACAGGACCCAAAAGAAGAUGAGAAGAGUAUACAGGAUGAAUACAUUAAGGCCUAUUAUGAGGCCCUCAAGAAAAGACAGGAACAAGAAGAUGCCAAGAUGAUGCAGCAGGAAGGCCAUGCAUUUUCUUCAACUCAUUCUGAGCGGCAGUUGGGCACAAAAACAAAACGUGAGGAUGGGGAUGUUGAGGAUGAGGGUGUUGAAUGGGAAGAGCAGGAACCUUUAGGGAAUACAUCAGAGCCCUAUAAGUUUGUAGAUUUGAACGCCGAGGCCCCAGAAUCUGGCGACGAAGAAGAUGGUAUUGACUGGGAGGAGGGUUAAAAUACAGCAAUUUGCUCCGCUUGAAUUCGUGUAACCAGUUCAAGUGCAAUAUGGUGGUUGUGGGAUGUUCAUAGAUACGACAUAUGUGAAGGCUUGGCCAUCAUUUUUCUCCCAAAUUGUUAAAAUUUACCAUGAUGUGAACUUUGAUAUUGACAUCCAUGUGACAGAAGGAGGUGUGGAAAGAUUCCGUUGUUACAAAAA